AUGGCGAGGGCGAAAGCACAGCCAACGGAGAGGGCCACAGAUCAGCGACUGUCCACGGUGAAAGCACNAGCUAACGGCGAGGGCGACAGCCCAGCGACCGACGACGGCGGGAACACAGCUACGGGCGAGGGUGACAGCCCAGCGACAGCCGACGGCGAGGGUAACAGCCCAGCGACAGCCGACGGCGAGGGUGACAGCCCAGCGAACGCCGACGGCGACAGCCCAUUGACCGCCGUCAACGACAGUCCAGCGACAGCUGACGACGACAGUCCAGCGAACGACAGCGAAAGCCCACUGACCAGCGAUGGCGAGGGCGACAGCACAUCCAACGUCGAGGGUGAUAACUCAGCGACUGUCCACGGUGAAAGCACAGCCAACGGCGAGGGCGACAGCCCAGCGAACGCCGACGGCGACAGCCCAUUGACCGCCGUCAACGACAGUCCAGCGACAGCUGACGACGACAGUCCAGCGAACGACAGCGAAAGCCCACUGACCAGCGAUGGCGAGGGCGACAGCACAUCCAACGUCGAGGGUGAUAACUCAGCGACUGUCCACGGUGAAAGCACAGCUAACGGCGAGGGUGACAGCCCAGCGACAGCCGACGGCGAGGGCACUCCGAAGAGCACACCCAACAGCACAGUCAGUAGUGGGACAUCUUGGCGGGUGGCGUGGAUAUGGAAUUGA